GCUUAACAGCAAGCGCGACCGCUACAUCUUCAAUUUACAGCCAAAAAAAAGGCUUUUUCAACGUUACUUCUACCUUUACACGGCCGCAGCUAGACAUAUUUACAUGUUUUGUGGCAACUAAUCCAGCGGACACAACGCCAACUGUGUGCUAGGAUAGAUAAUGUAGUUCAACUGUUCGUUUCUCAGGUGGGACAGACGAGUCUGGGAAGGACUUUUUUGGUAUCCUCCGUGAACCAGGGUCUCGAAACCAAAACGGAUUCCUGUACCCCAUGCACCUCACUCAUUGAUUCGUUGUAGAGAUCAAGAACUUCAAAGUGGCCGAAAUGGACGAACAAAGUGUUGAGUCCUCUCUCUCCUGUCCCGUGCAGAGCAUCGCAGAGGUGUUUCGCUGCUUCAUCUGCAUGGAGAAACUGAGGGACGCUCGCCUCUGUCCACACUGCUCCAAACUGUGCUGCUUCAGCUGCAUUCGACGGUGGCUGACGGAGCAGAGAGCCCAGUGUCCACACUGUCGGGCUCCGCUCCAGCUGAGGGAGCUGGUGAACUGUCGCUGGGCAGAGGAGGUGACCCAGCAGCUGGACACCCUGCAGCUGUGCAGCCUCACCAAGCACGAGGACAACGACAAGGACAAAUGUGAUAACCACCAUGAGAAGCUGAGUGUUUUCUGUUGGACCUGUAAGAAAUGCAUCUGUCACCAGUGUGCUCUGUGGGGAGGCAUGCAUGGCGGCCACACCUUCAAGCCUCUGGUGGAGAUCUACGAGCAGCAUGUGACCAAAGUGAAGGACGAGGUCGCCAAACUCCGCCGCCGCCUCAUGGAGCUCAUCAGUCUGGUGCAGGAAGUGGAGAGGAACGUGGAGGCUGUCAGGGGAGCGAAGGACGAGAGGGUCAGAGAGAUCCGAAACGCCGUGGAGAUGAUGAUCGCCCGUCUGGACAACCAGCUGAAGAACAAACUCAUCACCCUCAUGGGCCAGAAGACGUCCUUGACCCAGGAGACGGAGCUGCUGGAGUCUCUGCUGCAGGAGGUGGAGCAUCAGCUUCACUCGUGCAGUAAGAGUGAGCUGAUCUCAAAGAGCCCGGAGAUCCUGCUCAUGUUCCAGCAGGUCCACAGGAAGCCCAUGCAGUCCUUCGUCACCACGCCCGUCCCUCCAGACUUCACCAGUGAGCUGGUUCCUGCCUACGACUCCAGCACUUUUGUUCUGGUCAACUUCAGCACGUUGAGGCAGCGAGCCGACCCGGUCUACAGUCCUCCGCUGCAGAUCUCUGGGCUCUGCUGGAGGCUUAAAGUCUACCCUGAUGGUAACGGUGUGGUCCGUGGAAACUACCUCUCUGUGUUCCUGGAACUGUCUGCUGGACUCCCUGAAACAUCAAAAUAUGAGUACCGUGUGGAGAUGGUGCAUCAGGCCUCCAGUGACCCCACCAAGAACAUCAUUCGAGAGUUUGCCUCUGACUUUGAGGUCGGUGAAUGCUGGGGCUACAACCGCUUCUUCAGACUGGACCUUCUGGCCAGCGAGGGAUACCUGAACAUGCAGACGGACACGCUGGUCCUCCGAUACCAGGUCCGCUCUCCAACUUUUUUCCAGAAAUGCAGAGAUCAGUACUGGUACAUCAGCCAGCUGGAGUCUGCUCAGAGCGGAUACAUCCAGCAGAUCAACAACCUCAAAGAGAGGUUGGCCAUUGAGCUGUUUCGGCGUCAGACGUCUCGCAGCUCCUCUCCCCCCGAAAUGAGGCUCGCCUCAGGCCCCACCACCUCUGAGAGAGACCUUCGCUCCGUGAAGAGCGACGACGAUAUCCAGGCCACUUUGACCAACGCUAAAAAAGUUGAAGAAGAAGAGAGGACUCAGCACGAUGACUCUAAUGAGCUGUCAGACGGGGACCUGGAGGUGGACUGUCUGACGGAGGAGGAGGUGAACCCGCUGGACGGCAGCAGCACCUCGGGCAGCUCCACGGCAACCAGCAACACUGAGGAGAACGACAUCGACGAGGAAACCAUGUCUGGAGAGAAUGAUGUCGACUUCAUUGGGAAUCUGGAGACAGAAGAAGGAGAGCUUCCCGAUGACUUGGCUGGAGCAACAGGUGGCUCCAGCUCCGGUGUGCGCUCCUCACAUCGCGGUGCGGCUGCCAGUCGCGGUGUAGUGGUGGCCGGGGGGUCGGGCAGUAACAGCCUGCUGGAGAUCGACCCGGUCAUCCUGAUCCAGCUGCUGGACCUGAAGGAGCGCAGCAGCGUCGAGGCUCUGUGGGGCCUCCAGCCCCGACCGCCUGUCUCUCUGCUGCACAGCCAAGCUCAUUCUCACUCCAGGAAGGAUCGAGAGCGGCGUCCUCAGGCGGUGCGGCGCUCGGCUCCAGACUCGGGGGUCCUGAUCCGCCUGAAGGCUCAGAUGGCCGAGGUCCGCAGCAAAAUGUCUGACGUGAAGAGUCAGGUGCUGGAGGCUCGGGGGGCCGCAGAGCCCAGGCCGGGCUCCUCGGGGGGCUUCAGUGUGGAGGAGGGCCCCUCGCAGCACUCUGACUCAGAGCUGACCGCCUGUCGUAAGCCCGGAGAGCCGGACCUGCUUGGGAGGGCCGCGAGGGCCAGGUCGGGACGUCCCGUCAGGAAGUCCCUGUCUCCUGUCCUGGAGAGCAGCAGCUCUCUGGUGAUAAAGAGGAGGAGUCCGGAGGAGAUGGAGAAGGAGCUGAGAGGCGCUGACGUCGCCUCAGAGCUCAGCCUGCACCCUAAAGAGGGGCCGGGAGGAGCAGAGGGAGUGCUGAUGGCUGAGGGCUCCCAGGGGCCCCUCGUGUCCCUCUGCUCCUGCUCAGAGCAGCAGUACUCAGUGGUGGAGCAGCUGUACGGGGCCUCGGGGGCCAGGGACGAGAUCUUCUCCUUGGGAGGGCCCGGCUACAUGACCACCAGCAAGACCUCCGGCAGCAGGACCCUCGGGGCAGCCAUGUUGGAUUGUGAAUCUGAAAGCUCAGGAAUCUCCCACCACUCCCUGCUGGAGGGACCCUCUGCACAGCCUCAGUCAAAUGAAGAUAAGUCUCCGUGUGUCCUGGUGGCCGCAGCGAGCACCGACAGCGACUCUGAAGACGAGGCUCUGCAGAGCAACAACUCUCGCUACGACAACCAUACCCCUCCCUGCACAGGGGAGCAGCUUCUGUGUGAGGACAUGAGUCUUCCUGCUGACAGGUGAUUCCCUCUGAAGCGUCUUCACCCUCACUGCCGGAGAUCACACACUCUCUUCUGUCACACACAUCUGUAGAAGUAGGAACUGCUUGUUGUGCAUGAUUGGAAAAUGAUUGCAACGAUUCAGCUGCUUGGUAUCCUAAAUAAGAUAGAAAUAAUGGCGGCCUGUGGUUGAGGUGGUGCUAACAGUCCAGGUGACCACAUAAUAGCCAUGUUUUAAAGGGAUGGUUUGGAUGUUUUGAAGGGGGGCUACUCGCAUCCAGUGUAUUACUACAGUGUGUUCUGGUUUGUGCAUCCCCAUGUUUGGAAUAUCAGACAGGAGUAUGUGCACGGAGGUAAAGCACUGCUGUGCACAGGAGGCUGCAGCAAAAUGUACUUUUACUGAUUAAAUUCUAUGCUUUAUUAAGAACAUUUCCAUAGCUCAACAUUGCUGACAGAUCCCCUUCCUGACCCCAAAGGGUUAUGUAUGAUCUUUUCAAAGCCACCAGACUCAUCGACAAAUACUGUGAUUUUUAACUCCCAGAAGAUCGAGCUAGUGAUCUACUUCUGCCUCGUUUGUGUUUUUUGUUGUGAGUUUGGUUUUAUAAUGGGUUAAUUCAGAUUCACUGAAAUCACACACAAAUAAAUAUAUGAUGGUAGAUCACCAACCUCCGCUUUCUGAAAGGUGACAUUACUGUUUUUCUUCAAUGCAGUCUGGUGGCUUUAAAGAGAGCAUGCCAUAAGUCCUCUGUGUUUCUUCAAACUGGGGAGAAGCCAUUCACCGUCUAUUCUUCAAAACAUCCAAACUAUCCUUUUAAUAGUGUGUGAAUACUAACUAACAUUUCAUAUCUUUUGAAAUUGAACUUUCACCGUAUGUCUAAAGUCUUACAUCUAUUUCUUAACCUCUCCUUGCAUUACUUUGUAUCAAUAGAUAUACCUACUUCCAUUUCUUCAUGGCCAGUUCAGUAAAUACUUUGCAGGAAACAUUUGUUUGAGCAACAACGUUUUAUUUAGCAGAGAUGAACACCUACAGGGCAUUUAGUCACUUUAAUUCACUUAAAGCAGCCCACCUCAGUGCAUAACGGCGUUUGUAAUUCAGGUCUACAGUAUAUUUGCAAUAUUCAGAGGAGAGAGUAUCAUCUGUAGCCUGUCAAUAAGAGCUUAGUGUUUCAUAACGGUUUGCUGUUUAAGUUCAGCCUGUCUGCACAUCCGCUCCCUUCCUCCACCAUCGUGUCUCUGCACUUCCCAGCAUCGCUGCCAGAAACACUUUAAUCACUGCUCAAAUAUUCACUUCACUGCAGCCCCCCCCCCCGAGGUACACUUUGUUUGGAGCUCUUUUCUGGUAAUUUAUGUAAAUGUGUUCUGCGUUAAUAACAGCAGUCUGUCUUAUGUGACAUUUGAAAAGGUUAAAUGAUCACUGAAUCACAGAGAUUAUGAAACUACAGAUGUCUGCGGGCUGCAAACUGUUCAACAUGCAGCACAUCUGAGUUAGUAACAACGUGCCAGCAGGUGUUUGAGCUUCUGCUCGGACUUCACUGACCUGCAACCUGAGCUACGCUUAAUACACUGAAAAUUCAGACAUUUUUGUAUUCAUUUAAAGGAACGUAUGACUUAAGUUUUGGAGAAUGCUUGUUCCCUUCAUGCUGAGAGUAGGACAAAUAGAUCAAUACCGCUCUUUAUGUUUGUACAGUACAUAAAUAAGCUGUCUCUGGUUAGCUUAGCUUAGCCUUAAGACUCUCUUUGAGAUGCUCUGGAGUUUAGUCGCUGACGUCACAGCAGCUUUAUUGCUGUCAUAGCAGGAAAAGCACAGAUGUGACAUUUAACAUUAACAAGAGCUGUGUUUUAUUAAAGUGUCCCAACGAGCCAACAUGAACAAAACCAGGACCCUUAAACAUGAAGCAGCUAUUAUUCACUGGUGCUUUCCUUACUUCCUCAUGUCCACAUGUCUCCUGUGGAAAAGACUGCAAAAGUAUUCUGAUGAAAGGGUUGAUUCGCCCAAGAUGUCUGCCUCCGCACGAAAUGUUUGACCCUUUAUUGACCCAAAUAAUAGCAAAUUACUUUAUUGGUUGACAUUUUCAUACAUCUCGUUAUUAUAGAAAAGUAAGACCGUGUUUACAUUGGGGAAACUGGAUUUCUUUUUAACUGCAUAUUUGCUUUAAGAAAUGAUUGGUUUUUCAAGAUUGUUACAGCUUUACUGAAUAGUCAUCGCAUCUGUUUGUGAAGAUCUGAAAAGUUACAUUAAAACAAUUCCUAGGCAGCUUCAUCUCUCCAGAUGAAUGUCCCUGUUACUGUGUUUCUCCCAAUGAAAACUGGACAAUGUUCUCUGGGUUAUUCGGAGUAUCAGCGACAUUUCCUCCAGAAAAAGAUGUUUCUGAUUUCAAAAGUUGUUCUUCGUCCUGUCGGCACCACAAAUGAAAUUCAUUUCCGCUUCAUUGUGUGGGUGAAGAAGCAGAGAUUCAGAGUGAAAACACUUUCAUUUUAAGAGCAGUUGACUACAAAGGUUAUACAAAUCAGUGUAAUUAUGUAACGUGUGCUCGGCGCUGCACUGAUGGCUCGCUGCUUCACUGGCUUCUCCUCAUGGAUUUAUUAUUUUUCACCUCAAUACUCCCAACAAACACACGUCAAAGGCGGCUGCUGCUGCACGGGAGAAAACACACACACACACACACACACACACAGAGACACAUCUUAAUUUGAAGGUCUAUUCAUCUUUGGUUCAAAAGUAAUGACAUUAAUAGUCAUUAGUUUGCUUUGUAAAUAUCUUACAGUACAUGCAGAUGCAAAGCUUGCUGUACUUGUGCCUGAACGCGCAUGGCUUUUUCUGCAGGGUUAAAGGAGGAGGAAGUUUGUGUCGAGUCGAACUGAAAUCAUUCCCCAGAGAGAAUAAGUGUUAAUAUCUUCAUCUCCUCUCCUCUUCAUCAUGUCCUUUUUUUUUACUGUUUCUUUACAUGAUGGAGGCGCUCACUGUUUAUUAACAAUUUCCCAUUCCUGUGUCAAAAGCUGCUUUCUUUUGUUUGGAUGUUCCCAGAAUGCAUUGUGCAUUAUUUAAUGUGUACAUUUCCUUAUGGUGUAGUAAAUAAAUAAAAUGUUUUACGAACCCCGGAAAUGACCAAACUUUCA